UACUUGUGUCAUACUUUAAUCUUUUCAUGUUUUUUGCACACGAAACGUGUAUUCGAAGACCCGAUGUCAAAGCAUAGUUUGACGUGUACCAUUCACUCGACCGUUCACUUCAAGAAACCCGCGACUUUUUCUAAAAUUGAACUCUUUUUUUCUCCCCUUUCCAUUGCCACAGAUCUUUCUUCAUCACAUAUCUUUUUCGAUUUGAGGAUCGGAAUGUAAAAAGUUGCGUACGUGGCAUACAGGUUUCUUGAAGAAACCGUCACACUGUUCUUCGGUGACCCACUGGCUUCGAACGAGUCUCCUGUCAAAUUGUGAUCAUUGUAAAAGUGUUAUUAGACUAGCGUUACGUUAGGCUGGUCUUUUAGCACAAGUAAAUUGAGACUUGAAAGUCGUGGAAAAGUGUGUAGAGUGUAGUUUUUUUAUUGCCAGACUAAAUUAGCAUCAUAUUAACGAGGACAAAAGGAACCUUAGGCCCCUAUUUGCUUUAAAAAAAUGCAAAUAAGCUUAUGUUACAUCCCAAUCAACACAUUUUUGGAGGCCAGCUACUUCGACCUUUCCUGUCAGGGCCAACCCGGAUACAUUCUACUAACAGACAGGGAUACAUUGUACUAGCAGACAGGGGCGGACACUAGAUUAAAAGCAAAUACACGAAAAGAAAAGAUAAACCACCAACAACAACAACACCAAACUUGCCCCCUUGUAAUAAUGUUGAAAAGAUUGUACUUAGUCAAUGUAUCGCAGUUUUUUAAACAUUUCAACUUUCUUUCUUAUUCCCAGGUCCAUUUAUCCAGUCUCUGAGGAAACCAAAGUUGGAUGUUUAAUAAACACAAACGUUGUUUUGGAAUACCAGCCUUGGGUAUCAUCGAUGCAAGUAACACUGUGCUAACGCAGAGCUUAAGUUGGAGUCUCAGUUCUCGAGUAAAUGAUGAUGACAACGUAAGGUAACACGAACAAAUAAUGUUCUGAGAUUUAUCGGAUUCAAACACAACAACAACAACAACAACAACAACAACAACAACAACAACAACAACAACAACAGCAACAACAACAACAACAACAACAACAGCAACAACAACAUAAACUUGGUUCAGCCAAAUGCGUCACGUAUCUGGCCGACAGAAAGCGACGUAAAAUUCGUAGACAGCAACAUGGGGGUCGAUUCGGAAGGAACAAAGUAUAAACUCACUCUCGACCUGCACGGCUCGGAGCGCCGUCGACCUCAGACCUCUCAGAGCAGAGUCCCUUCUUCUCCCAGCAGCUUAUCCUCGUCUUUUCGCAGCUAUCAAGACACGUCCAGGGUGAGUUCUGCGUCCAGGGAACCCGGCGAGCACAAAGUGAAAAAGAACGUCUUCUUUUCCAACGAAACAAGCAGCGGAAACACGGACAACUUCGACCAGUCAUCUAACGCUAGCUCAGACAAUGGCGUAUUCCCAGAUCGCAGAUCUCCGGUUAGGUCGAGCACCGUGUCAUCUCCCCGCGGUACACCCAUAAGAGCGGUGGCUAAAGCGACCAGAGACGCUUGUAACAAUAACCACGCAAGUAACUCUCGCAGUGGUUCAAAGACAAGGCGGCCACCUUCAUCUCGACCUGCGACGGCAAGUACCGAUACUACCUUACGAAGAGGUCGGAGUGCAAAAACCCGUCCCACAAGUCAGGGACAGCCGAGCCCGAAAGGCUCUGAAAAUGUAUUUGAGGAAUCAAAAAGUACUUCAGCCCGUUCAUCGAGGAGGCGGGUGUUGACUGGAAAGACAAAAACUCCCGUUAAAAUGGAGAAAACAUCUGUCCACAGUGAUGAUGAUUCGGACUCUGACGCCAGUUCUACAGAGCCGGCGAGUUCCCCCCGAACUCUAGCCGGCUCUCUCCCACAGAGUCCAACCUCUGCUGCUGAACUAGCUGCUCUGAGCAGUUCACAGAGACAGGCAUGGGCACAGUUCGAAACCCACGUGAAAAAUAUAGACGACUCAACCGAACUCAUCUCUCGACAGCCUCGGAAAACGUUCCACGCCAGUAACGCCUUUCAGUCGGUUAUGUACGAUCUUUACGGAAACACCGAGUACGGGAAAUCCCGGGGGUUCACCAAAUUUUCUACCAGAGUGGGUCACGUCGCUACGUUUGCUUCUCGAUUUAUUGGAAGAGUAAAAAGUCUGAAUGCCCAGCGGAACGAAGAACAAGAAGACGAGGAAGAAUAUUUCGAGGAUGAAGUGGAUUUCCAACCAAGCAGAGAGACAGUCGAAAACGCCAAACGAGGCUGGAAAAUCUUACGGCAGUACGUGCAAGAACUGGCGGCGGAAAAGCGCAUGAGCCAGACGACACUGACGUGGAAUAUGUUACGUCACACCAUCAAAGGCCUUAGCAACAUGGAGCGCGCCAGAUACGACUUGUACCGUCGCUACGGCAUCAUCCCCACUGUGCUGAGUGACGGUACUGUGGUCCAGGAAAACAGCAUGCUCAGCGAGAGGGCGCGCUCAGCGCAGGCCAACAGGACGGGGUCCAUCCCGAGCAACCAGAGCAGGGGUAGGUUCAGCAACAGCGCCACCGUUCGGAGACCUUCCAUGUACCAGCCAUCUAUCGGUGGGUUUUCAGGGCAAAUGACCCAGAAUAGAUACACUAUUUCACGAUAAUGUGGUAUAUUCUAUACUCCAGGAUCAUUGCAAGGUGCAUGUGGACGAGGCAUGCAGGGUUCGAGGGUGUGUGUGUGUGUGUGUGUGU